UUUUCAUUGGUGGCUUACCUUUAUGACUGAUUUAUGGUAACAGUUUUUUUUUUAUAUAAAUAAUAUCAAGAUAGGAUAGAUUUGUUGGUGAGAAAGAGGAGUGUAACGGGGGAAGUGUUAGGUGUGAAUAAUAAUGAGGCAGACACAGAGCAGUGGGUGUUGACACGCCGCACAGACGCGCACGUUUUAUUUAAUACACAGGCUGUCACUAGGAUACCAGCAAUGGUAGCCCAUGUGUCAGAUUUAAUAAAGAAAACAAAACUAAAAAUAAAUGUUUGCCACACAAGGCGAGUGCUAGCCUCAUUAAAAGAGGCUGCUUCAGGAACCUACUACACUACAGUAAGCCUCUCUGUACUGGUCGGGAUCAACAUUCUGUAAACUAACCUAGUGCUGCUGCUCCCAAAGUCCCGGCCUCUCAGCGACUCCGGGUCGUUGCAACAGUCCUGGCUGGACAGAGGCUUUACAAGCACCGUCUUGCAGUUGAAGGGUUCCGUAGUAGUUAAUCCUAAAGACGCCUUUUGAGAUGCACGUCUCCCCAGCCAAUCCGGACCUCCCAAUCAGCUCAGCAUCUGGUGAGCCUAACUGCUCAAUUGGUUGCCUAGCAACGUGUCUCCUGUUCCGCAUCCCAGCUGCACACAUUCGCACAAGAACCAGCGACAGGGUUCUCCCUGUCACAAGAAGAAAUUAGAGGCAUUUAAAACAGUACUUUUUAGUUAGUUUGAAUUUCAUUUUCUCAAAUUCCCAGGUGAGUCUUUGGUUUGGAAAUUAAAGUAUUUUAUUAAAAGAGCAUUAUUUGUUGUCUGUUUACAUUGUAUAUUUCAGCAUGCUUCAGUGGAUUUAUGGAGAUACCAAUAUAAACAACGUCAUCCCUUCAUCAAAAGAACAAGGCGUUGCUCUCAUGAAAUGAACUAAAUUCACAGAGCAAUUUUUUUUCAGAAACUGUUACAAAGGAUGUUUCCCAGGGAUGACCAAAAAAAGUCUCAGUGUAACCCCAGCAAUGGAUCUACUAGAAUACUGUGAGCUGGAAUGGAAAGGAAUGACACCUCAUGCUGAUCAAAUAAGGAAGGCCUAUGGAGAAAUCUAUAGGAUACAUAAUAUUGGGUACAUUUGCAGAGUUCGUGGAGACAACUACUGUGCAUUGAGAGCUACACUGUUUCAGGUGCUCAGCAAUGGCAUCCCCUUUCCAUCCUGGAUGAAAGAACAAGAUAUCACAAAGCUCCCUGAGAAGCUGUUUUACUCACAAGGGUGCAACUGGAUACAGCAGUACAGCUUCGGACCAGAAAAAUACACAGGACCAAAAGCUUUUUAUAAGCUACGUAAAUGUGUAGACGUGUUGAAGUUUCAGUGGGCUGAUAUUUAUGGACGCAAGGAUAAGAAGGCACGUGAAAAAGCCUGCAAGCUCCUGUUCAUGGAUGAAGAAAGCGAGUACAAGAUGUACGAGGCAGUGAAAUUCCUCAUGCUCUACCAGGCCAUUGAUAUGUUUGAGGAGAUGAAGCACGGGCAAGAUGUCCCCAAUUUCUGUGCAAUCCUUUUCUCAAGGGACACAUCUUUAGACCCCUUUAGCUUCAUGCUAAACCACCUGAACACCAUUGGUGACUCUGGUGGACUUGAGCAGAUUGAGAUGUUUCUUCUUGGAUACACAUUAGAGCUGCACAUCCAAACCUUCAGACUGUACAAGUAUGGCACAGAGGAAUUUGAAGUUAGUUUCACUGAUGUAUGUGGGAGGGACUGGCACAAGAUCACCCUCCUGACAGAGGAUGACAGACAUUAUAACAUACCUGUUACCCAUCAAUAGGUAGAUGAUGAAACCACAAGAGCCUCUGAGUAAAUCAUGUUUGGUGCUGGUGAUAGUCAGUAUUGAGUCAUGACGGAGCGGGUCACAGCCCUGUUUGUUUUUUAAGUUGUUUAAUAUUGUGGUUCUAUAAACAUUUCCUUGGGGCAGCACUUCCUGCUAGGUACAGUAGCAACCACAUAAUAUGUGAUUCUUUUUUUGACAAAUCUUCAUAGAACUGUGAAGUUAUAAUGUAUAUGUUUGGAAAGGAGAGUGUAACAAAAAAAUGCUGUUAAAUAUUUUAAACAAAACACAAGUAAUGCACUUGAGUUAAGGGUAGUUAUACUAAAUCAAUAGUAUCCAAUUUGAUUUUAACCUUUGUAAUUACUGCACCUGAGUGUCACAUACUCCAGCAGUGAGUGUGUCAUUGAGUCCAAGCCCUUGCUGUUAAAAGCAUCUCUGAUGGGAAUGAUCCUUUGGUCAGAAGGUCUGCUAUGAUGCAGUGUAUUAAAGUAGUGUGGGGGUCAUUACUCAGACAGCCAUAAAGAACAGGUACUAAUUAACCUUUCCUAUCAACCUCCUACAUAGGUGCUGUAGUGAGGGAGAAAAAGAGCCCGAUAUAUGAUUGGAGUUUUAGACAACCGGGUCCAUUCAGUUUAUCUAAACAGUGGCGUAUCUAAAAAAAAAACUGCCACUCAAAGUACUGACAUUAGUUUUGAAAAUGAAACAGUUAACAGUUUAUGUGCUCUGUCUGUAAAAAUAUGUACAAUAGCAGGGAGGGUCAUACAGCAUUUAGUUGUUUAAUGUACAGCACUAGAUCUGUCACAAUUUAGAUAAUUUGAAUUGAGCCCAAUGUGUUGUAUCACGCAUGAAUAUCAUUUGAGAUUUUAUUCAGAGAGUUCUGUGCUGGAAAGCUUCCGAUCCCCUUUAUAAAUGUUAAUGGUCAAUAUUUGACUUUACAUUUAAAUAUGCAAAAAAUUCUCAGGGGCCACAAGGCAUUUCAUCCCAGUGACAGGUUAAUAGACUUUGAAGCUUUUCAUUGGAAUUGAUCAGCCCAUAAGUUUGCUUGGGGUUAUAGAGCAAUGCUUACCCUGUGCACUAUGGAAGUGGCGGAUGGUGUUUUAUUUUCUGUAAAAAAUGUUUUCUAACAUUUGUUUUUUAAUGUUAAUUAAUUUUAAUCAUAUAAGGGAAUAAUAUGAAAAAUGUAAACCACAACAUGGUGUGUGUUGUUGUGAUUAAGGGUAUGUCUUGGUGCACUGUGAGGCAAAAGGCCAAGUGCCCACAUGCCUUAAACCACAGAGUGCCAAACCGAGAGAUUUUUACAGGCCUGUGAUGUCAGAUUAGUCAUAAAAAUAAUCCUGGUUGAUAAUUUACAACAAUGCACAUGUUGUAUUAGCUAAUUGCAAUUGUUUUCAAGAUUUAAAAAAUUGAUUUUACUUAUUUUCAUUCAUUUUUUAAUUUCAUCUUGUGUCUGAAAAAAAGACAAAAAAUUACUGAAACAUUAAAACUGAAAGUUUCAGCUUUUCUGAAAUUAGAAAACGCUCAUUAAGUACACUCCAUGACAUUGUUGUCUUGUUAGGGACCAAAUCUACUAUAUUACCAAAACCUACAUGUACUUUCUUUUUUUUACUACUGUGCAUUAAAACCGUGUUUGCCCUUAUUGACAUGUUAGCACACAUUUAGUUUAUGUAAAUGUUCCUGUAGCGCAUCUCACUCUAUUGUUUGUUUUUACCAACUGCAUUUAAUCAGAUGUAAUAUAUUACAGCUGUUUGCUUUCACACUUGAGAACAGAAUAAAUGUGUGCUGUAUUGCCCACUUCUGUGUGUGUUUUAAAUAGUAACACAUCAAGUGUUAGUCUCUAAGGCAUGUGAUGUUGAUGGCAGAAGCAGUGCCCUAUAUAUACACAGCCCAGCAUUUCACAAAAAACAGACCCUCAUUCUCUAUUGACAACUUAUCAGAUAUAAAUCAUGUAAUUUGAGUACCAGGGAAGCCUGGAGAAAGGGUUUGGGUAUUAGUAUUCCCUAACCUCAGCUGUAAACUGUAAACCAGUACUGUUUAUACCAUGCAUAGCAGGAUUGUGCCCUGAAUUUGAAUCACAUGUCACACAUAAUGAAAUACUGGUGCAAGCUAUCUCAGCCUUCAGGGCAAUACAUCUUAUAUGCCAUCAAGUUUUCCAUUUCAUUUCAGAAACUUAUCACAGCAAAUAGCGGUCAUGGGUAUUGAAUUUUAGGGUACCGUGGCAACUACAUAUUUGCUAAAUACAAAUACAUUCUCAAGCACUGUACUGUUCCUAAAGGGAUUUCUGUCAUUAGUACCUGGAGAUGCUUGUGACAUUCAUAAUGCUUUCAGGGAUUUACUUAUAUCAUGAUAUUCUGUGCUGUGCCUGUAUUCAGUACUUUCAGAUUUAGUCCAGCAUUUACAUGGGUGAAAUAAAGCCUUUGAUAACGAUGAGAAGAUUCAAUUCUGCUUUAUUUUCUCAUGUACAUUAUAAUGUUGAUGUUGUAAGAUGUAGCUGUUUUUAUACAACAUUGUGUAGCACAGAGGUCCUCAAAGUAAUUUUGGCACAGGCAUGAAGUAAUCUUACUUGGCUGUUUG